CCCCAUCUCGUCUCCCUAGCAUUAAUUGCGACGCUCGAUCGGAAGAGAAGACGAAAUACUUUGAGCCGAAGCAACAAAAAUUAGGGUUCCCGAGUUGUAAAGGGCUUUGAGGAAAUCGCUGGUGUAGGUUAUAUUGGGGAUUUUGCUUUGGAGCCAUGAGCAAGCAGCCGUUGAUAUAUAGUUUUGUGGCCAAAGGCGCUGUGGUGCUUGCCGAGCACACUACAUUUUCUGGGAAUUUCAGUACUAUUGCUGUCCAGUGCUUGCAGAAGUUGCCUCGAAAUAGCAACAAAUUUACUUACUCAUGCGAUGGUCAUACAUUCAACUUUCUGCUUGAUAAAGAGUUUGUGUUCCUUGUGGUAGCCGAUGAAGCUGUUGGGAGGAGUGUACCAUUUGUGUUUCUGGAGCGAGUCAAGGAAGAUUUCAUGCAGCGUUAUGGAGCAAUCAUUGAUGGUGGAGGUCCUCACCCACUUGCUGAUGAGGAUGAGGAUGAUGAUCUUUUUGAAGAUAGGUUCAGCAUUGCUUACAAUCUUGAUCGUGAAUUUGGCCCCAGGCUCAAGGAGCACAUGCAGUAUUGCAUAAAUCAUCCAGAAGAAAUGAGCAAGCUCUCCAAGUUGAGAGCUCAAAUUACUGAGGUCAAAGGAAUAAUGAUGGACAAUAUUGAGAAGGUUCUUGAUCGUGGAGAGAAAAUUGAACUCUUGGUGGACAAGACUGAAAGUUUGCAGUUUCAGGCGGACAGCUUCCAGAGGCAGGGCAGGCAACUCCGGAGGAAGAUGUGGCUGCAGAAUAUCAGAUUCAAACUGAUCUUGGCUGGCACUCUCAUUGCACUCAUACUCAUCAUUUGGUUGAGAGCCUGUGGAGGGUUUAAGUGCUAAUGGGUAUGACUGAUCCUUUGGUUGGUGGCUUGCGAACGUGAAUAUGAUCCAUCCAUCGUCUGUUGGAUACAGCGAAUGCUGCUACUAUGUGCAUGUGAUGUCCAUUAAUUAGCUUUGUUGAUAUGUUGGCUACCUACACUACACUACACAGAUAAUACUGAAACUUGGAUUCAUUGUGCACUUAACACAGUGAAGAAGCAGUACUCUCUUUUUAAGUAAUUUCGUCUACGUUGUCCGUUCAACAACGCUGUACUGUGAUGCUACUAUAUAAGUUAAGGUGUGGUCGGCCAUUCGGUU